CGCCCAGACAGGAGUUUCCCCGACAGCUGGAGGCUGCGUGGGAUCCGGCGGCGGCUCCCGAGCUCGGCUGUGCGGCCUUCCCCGCCCCCUCCUCCCCCGCCCGCUUCCGCCCGGCUUAUUAUCCUCCUUAUUGACAAACAGAGCGGCCGCGGCGGCGACUCUCGGCGUGCGUUUGUAGCCAAGCCAUGGGAGACAAGAAGAGCCCGACCAGGCCGAAGCGGCAGCCGAAGCCGUCCUCGGAUGAGGGUUACUGGGACUGUAGCGUCUGCACCUUCCGGAACAGCGCCGAGGCCUUCAAGUGCAUGAUGUGCGAUGUGCGGAAGGGCACCUCCACCCGAGAAGAAAAAGCUGGAUCACUUACCAGUAACUGGAGUUCUCCUAUUGGGUAAUCUCCACAGAUCCACAUUCUUUGAAGUUAUUGUGAAUGCCUCGAGGACCAAGGAACCGUUGAAAUUUCCAAUUUCAGGAAGGAAACCUCGACCUGUCUCCCAGUUGGUUGCCCAGCAGGUUACUCAGCAGUUUGUGCCCCCUACACAGUCAAAGAAAGAGAAAAAAGAUAAAGUAGAAAAAGAAAAAAGUGAAAAGGAAACAACUAGCAAAAAGAACAGUCAUAAGAAAACCAGGCCAAGAUUGAAAAAUGUGGAUCGGAGUAGUGCUCAGCAUUUGGAAGUUACCGUUGGAGAUCUGACAGUCAUUAUUACAGACUUUAAGGAGAAAACGAAGUCCCCGCCUGCAUCUAGUGCUGCUUCUGCAGAUCAACACAGUCAGAGUGGCUCUAGCUCUGAUAACACAGAGCGGGGAAUGUCCAGGUCAUCUUCACCCAGAGGAGAAGCCUCAUCAUUGAAUGGAGAAUCUCAUUAAAGUUUAUUUUCUCCAAUUUCUUAGUCACUUCUGUCAUAACAUACAAAUACACAGAUUAUGCCAAGAAGUACCACAUUUUCAUGACAAACAUUCAUGCACAAUCCAUAAUUUGCGUUUUACACAAAAUAGAAAUUUGUUAGAAUUUGUUAGACUUCAUUGCAAUCUAUGCCUACCAAACAAACCUUUUCAGACUUGACAUUUUGGUCUCCACAGUUCAAGGUGCCAUGAAAAUGUGGUUGAAUUAUUCAUUAUGCAGUGUUAUUGGUAAGUCUAUUUUCACUUUUAGUUUAGUGAAUUCUAACACAUAAUUCUUGAAUUCUCUACUAUUGGCAUGUAACGAAUUUAAAUUUUUAUAACAUAGUGCAAGCUGCCUAAAUAUGUAUUAUUUGAGAAUUGUGAACGAAUAGUUAUAUGUAUACAAGUCAAAGAUCAACCUAAUCAACUAUUGCUGCAACAGGAUUUUCUUAAUGGUUAUCCUCUUAAAUACACCUGCUGGUACUUGGUGUGGUUAAAUAGGAAAAAUUGUUAUUAAAUAAAGAAUUUGUAUGAACCGUUGCCAAUGUUUUUGACACAUUUUACUAAAUUAUUGUUCCUGAUUUAUGUUUCUGGUUUUAUCUUUGUUUUUGUUUAUCUUUAAAGCAUUCAUUAUUGUAAUGUUUACUAGCAGAGUAGUAAACAAUAAAACAUUGAUUAUUUAGCUUUAUAAUUCAGGUUUAGUGCUCUUAUCAUUGAACACUGGUAUUUUCUGUAUAAUAUAAAACUUUAAAGUUCAAAUAAUUAUAAGCAUUUGGCAAAAACAGAAAAGAAACCUGACAUAUUUUAAAGGCUGCAAUUUUGGAAAAGCUUUAACUUAAUAAUAGUUUAUCACUGUUGUCUUUCCCCAAACUUGUGCAGGGUCAUAGAAGUAUGAAUCUAAUUAAUACAGAAAUGGAACUGUUUCGCAGAACUGGGAAAUAACUAAUCUUAAAUCAGUUUAAUUGGCCUCUUAUUAAAUAUAAGAUUCUUAAAGUCAUAGUGCCCUAUUUUCAGACACAAAUGCCAGUUUAUGCAUUUAUCAAUAUUCCUGAAAUAAAAGUAUUUACAGCCCCGCUUACUAUUAUGUAAAAUUACCAAUAAAAUAUUUUUAUGACUACAGAUUUUGCAGUUUUGUUCACAACUAAUAAUGUGUUUCAUGUUGUAUUUAAAAAUCCAACCUAGAAACCACACAGUACUUUUUAAAUUUUUCUAGGGUCUCCUGCUUCUUUUAGCCAUUUGUUUAAUAUAUAUCCACCUCUAGGAGACUUCUGAAAUAUAAAUUAAAAACAUAGCUUAGAUACAAAAUAUCACUUAAAAGCACUAUGAUUGCAUUUGAAGAACAGAAAAAACAAAACUGUAGACCCUGACAGUUGUGGUAUUUGGUGGUUUCUCGUGGUAAUGUAAUUUUCUGUUUAAUUGCAGUACUUUUUCCAGGCACAAUGGGACUGUCUUUUUUGUAAGAUGCUAGUUGUGAAAUACAGUUACUUGCAUACAGUAAAAGUCUGUGAUUAAAACAUUUAUAUACCUCAUUCUUUAGUGUUGUUAAAUGAGAAAUUAAAGUUUGUUUUUAUUAUAUGAUGCUUUCA